UUUUUCGCCGUUCUUCUUCACUCUCCCGCGGCCCUUUCUUCUUCACUCACCCGCGCCCUUUCUUCCUUCUUCUUCAACGCAUCUCUAUUUUUCCCCAUUCCCACGCUUUUCCCCUUUUUUUCUUCACUCACCCGCAGCCCUUUCUUCCUUCUUCUUCAACGCAUCUCCAUUUUUCCCCAUUCCCACGCCUUUUCCCCUUUCUUCUAAACUCACCUGCGGCCCACUCACCACUGCACCCACCACCGUUAGCAGCGGCCACCACCCAGCCACUGCGCCACUGGCAGCAGCCACCACCCAGCCGCCUCCACUCUCCCGAUCAACCAUUGCAGCUCCACCGCCCCUACCAUCGCGGCCUCAAACGCCUUCGCCGACUACCUCACCUUCGCGCCACCUAGCUGCAGUCGCGAGCCACCACGACCAAGGUUGCCUCACCCAAGCCCUCCUCGAACCCCUCUCCCUAGCUCGCACCCACUACGACCCAGCCCUAAGUCGCGCCACCAUUUCCUCCUCCGUGCACCCACCGUGA